GUGCGCUGUGUCCCUGGGACACAGCAGAUCACCGAUCAAUGGAAAGAGCCGAAGACGUCGGCUUGGUCAUGUGAUCUGCUGUGUCCAAUCACAGCUGAUCGCAUGCAAAUAAGGAAAUGCCGAAGGGACAUGUUCCCGGAUCAUCAGGGCACUGAUGAUCAGUGUGCUCUGAUGAUCAGUGUAGCCCCAACAGUGCCACCUGUCAGUGUCCAUCAAUGCCACCUGUCAGUGCUCAUCAAUGCCACCUGCCAGUGCCCAUCAGUGCCACAUCAAUGCCACAUAUCAGUGCCUACCAGUGCACAUCAAUGCCACAUAUCAGUGCCCAUCUGAGCUGCCUUUCCGUGCCACCUAUCAGUGC